GCAAAUCCGGAACACGCAUGCGCUGCCCUAAAUGUCAAACUCCGGAGAAGUGCCACCCCAAAUACCAGUCUGUAAAAAUUCAGUGUACCAUUUGGAUUUAAAUUAGGAGAACCGAAGUUUGCGAAGGAAAAUUCACACAAAAAUGCCUUGUGUCGGUUGCGGUAAAGAAUGCAAAUGCACCCCGGAGAAGUGCGGCGAGAACUGCAAGUGCCAGAAUCCCGGCCAAUGUGGAUGCAAUCCCGCGAAUGCCGCCCCCUCGGGCGGAUGUUGCAAGAAGGGCGGCGACAACGCGGGAGGCGAUGCCAAGGGGAAGUGCUGCGGCGACAAGAAGUAGAGGCCAACCCACCGAUGCCAGAGAAAACAAAUACAUUUUCGUUUCUUUUAUUUCUCGAUGGCCAUAACUGCUAGUGAGCUGUUAUCAUUAAAUACAUUUAUUGUUUAAUCGAAACAAAACCAA